UGCCAACAGUGGUAGAUGGCAUGAGGUCAAGAGCAGGCUGCCCACAGGAGCGACAGGAAGACAGACGGGAAGCUACAAGCCAGGGGAAGGAAAAGCCCACAUGGAAAGAACCUAAAGAAGGGUAUUUCCAGAAAGGAAACUCCUGGAUAGAGAACUCAGUAGAGCAGCAGACACUCAACCAUCUCGUCGGACCUUAGUCUCGUCGGACCUUAGAACAGAGAUCGGAGUGGGGCAUGUGACUCUCCUGGAACCCUGGACCCACAGAGCCUGAAGAUCCCAGAAGCUUUGGAGCAUGGCAAGUCUCGAGCAUCCUGGGAGCCCUGGCUGGACAGGACCCAUACACCAGUGCACACCAACAACCAGACAAGAUGUACUGCCCUCCGGCCCAGACCUCCCAUGUUCAGGACCAGAAGAACACUUAGAAACCCAGGACGGUCCUAGCUCCAACUCCAGCAUGACCACCAGGGAGCUACAGGAACACUGGCAGAAGGAGAAGAGCCGCUGGCGACAUGUCAAGCUGCUCUUUGAGAUCGCUUCAGCCCGCAUCGAGGAGAGGAGAGUCUCCAAGUUUGUGAUGUAUCAGGUCGUAGUCGUCCAGACAGGGAGCUUCGACAGCGACAUGGCGGUGGUGGAGCGGCGCUACUCGGACUUUGAGAGGCUGCACAAGGCCCUCCUGAAGCGCUUCGGGCCGGAGCUGGAGGACGUUGCCUUCCCGCGGAAGCGCCUGACGGGGAACCUGUCGGCCGAGACCAUCUGCGAGCGCCGCCUGGAGCUGUGCGACUACCUGCGGCUGCUGUACGCCGUGCGCGCCGUGCGCCGCUCGCGCGAGUUCGUCGACUUCCUGACGCGGCCCGAGCUGCGCGAGGCCUUCGGCUGCCUGCGCGCCGGCCAGUACGCACGCGCGCUCGACCUGCUGGGCCGCGUGCUGCCGCUGCAGGAGAAGCUGACGGCGCACUGCCCGACCGCCGCGGUGCCCGCGCUCUGCGCCACGCUCAUCUGCCUGCGUGACCUGGAGCGGCCGGCCGAGGCCUUCGCGGUGGGCGAGCGCGCGCUGCAGCGCCUGCGGGCCCGCGAGAGCCACCGCUACUACGCGCCGCUGCUGGACGCCAUGGUGCGCUUGGCCUACGCGCUGGGCAAAGACUUCGCGUCGCUGCAGGGCAGGCUGGAUGACAGCCAGCUCCGGAGUCCCACGCACAGGGGCUUCACCCUGAAGGAGCUCACGGUGCGAGAGUAUCUGUCCUGAACCGGCCUGGCUGGUGCCCUGGCAUCCAGACUGCGGACAAAGACCUGGGUCACUAUCGCUGGCGGACUGCUUGGGGCCAUCGCGGGUGGGUUUUGCUGGACAACUUUAGACAAGAACCUCUUUACUAUGUCUGCUAAGCAAAGGGGCUCCUGCGAUCCCAGGAAGAGUCAUCUUGUGCCCCUUGGGUGCAAGGUUUCUUUGAACCUUGAGCCCACAAGCUUAGCUGUCAAAACUUUGCAAGUACUGUGGGCCUUACCAUCUGGGAAUGGGAUGAACUGCCUUCCGCAGAGAAUGAGUUCAAGGCCAGCCUAGGCAAUUUGGUGAGACUCUCAAAAUACAGAGUUCUGAGGAUGUAGCUCAAUAGCCGAAUGCUUGCCGAACAUAUGAGACACCUUCGUUUCAAUCCCCAAUACUACAAUAAAAGAAAAAGAAGCACUCGGUUUUUUUGUAAGCAGCCAGGGAAGAAGUUUGCAUGCCGACCUCGGACCUCAUGGGACUAAUGAGCUGAGCUGAUGGAACCGUCUGCCUUGAAGCCUUAACCCGCUGCUGCAUUCAGAGUGAAUGAGCCAAGAGACCAAGGCACCACACCGAUGUAGGAAGAGUUAGUUCUUCCAAGAUAGGAUUCACAAAACUACACCCAAAUCUUGUUCAAUAUGGACGUCUUAUGGCAACUACCACAAUGGGCCCGUGCAGGCCUUUAGAAUGAAGCAUAGAGAAAGUCUUCCUUCAAGCAGUUUUUCCAGGAAGACACUGCAAGUGGAAAUACUGGACUUUGGGGAAAUUAAAGUACUCAGUGGCAAAAUAAAAGCUGUGUCUGUUUGUCCUGGUGAUUCUGUAAGCUAUUUCUUCAAGUCUAAAAUGUACUCAAUAAAACACAACAGAGAAAACAGCACCCUGUAUACAGAACUAAUCAGGAAAUUCUAGGGGGAAAAUAGCUGAGUAACCAAAGAACCGGAUUCUCAUUGUAAGGCUCAACCAAUGUUGAGCCAAACUUCUGCCAUGGUUUGAAUGCCCCCACUUUGAACUCUUAACUGAAAUAGUAAGAGGGUAGAAAUUGACGUGGUGGCGCAUGCCUGUAAUCCCACCACUCAGGAGGCUGAGGCAGGAGGAUUAUGUAUUCCAGGGCAGCCUGGGAAAGAUUGUAAAUUCCACCUUGGCUUGGGCUAUUAAGUUCCAGGCCAGCCUGGGGGGGGGGGUGUGCAUGUCUAAAUAAAGAAGGGGUUGGAAACGUAUCCAAAUAUGGCGUCUGGAGGUGGCAAUUUUGGAAAGUAAUUGAUACUAGACCGGAGCAUAAGGACAGGCCCCUGCAAUCGCACGGGUGACCUCAUCAAAGGUGCCUGCCUGUUGUGUCUUUCCUCGUGAUUCCCCACGCAGCCUUGGGACUCUGCAGAGUCCCACCACUUAGAAGUCCCUUAUCAGAAGCAGCCCUCUUGACUUUGGACCUCCAGAACAAAGAGCUGAAGAAGCCUCUGUUCUUUAUGAGUUCUGCAGUCUAUGGUACCUGGCUGCUGAACAGAAAAUGGACCAAGACUCCUAUGCGUUCCAACCUGUGAUUGAGGACAAUGGUGAUGUGACCAAGGUGGAAAACAUCUGGGAAUCUGGACUCCAACUAGCACUCACCCACACCUGGGGCUGAUUAAUCACAGUUUGGGCUAACAUAGCUUAAGCAGAGAGGCUGGGCUUCAGUGCUCUCUGAUGGACAUAUCCUUGGCAUUGUGAGGGAAAGAAAAGGAAUCUUAUUGAAAAAGAGAAGAGUGUUCGGCACUAAAAUGUGUGUCUCCAGACUAUGAGCGGGCCGGGUGUUGGGAGUGAGUGUGAGUAAAUGUGUGUGGAUGUGUGGGUGUGAGAGUGUAGAGAGACAUCCCGUGGGCACACUGGGAGUAGCUACAGCAUCAUGUAACAGGGUC